AGAGGUAAAAUCCCGGAAAUGUCCGACGUGACUCGGAUCCGUGGGAAAUAAAACUGACGUGGUAAAGUGACGCUUCCCGUACGCUAGGUCGGUAGGUAAUUAACUAACCAAAAACUUCUUUUUUCAAUUAUUACUAAUUCUGUCAUUUUAUAAACUUUUAAUAUUUCAAAAAACUUGAGUAAUAAUCUGCAAUUAUGCCCGAAUUCGUCACGUUUCUAUUCUUUGCUCGAUUUAUACAUUUUGUAAAACCAUGCAAAAAAUGUCCGUAGUAAAUAAAUUUUAAAAGUCAUUAUUUUUAAGAUUACAUUAAGUAAUAAUUUUUCAGACAGUGAAAACUCCUAAUAAUGUUGAUAAAAGUGUGUUAACUCAGGACUGAAUUUAUUUUAUGUAACCUAGAACCAACGAAACAUCGACUAACUAUCGUGGUCCAAGCAAUUCCAGAAAACAAAUAUGACACAUACAACUGACAAUUGCCUCAUUUAAAAGUCAACCAAACGCGAUUUGUUUUCGUAAUGUUAACCGCCCACGAAACUUGUUUAAAUCCCCGCAAAGAUGUCUGAACACACGAAUACCAGCUCUAACCAUCCCCAGCCAAACGAUAGCCGAAAUAACGUCAUGGCUCUCGCCAGCAAACACGAUGUAAUUGCGUUUCAAGAACCGACAACGUCAAAGAACUACGCGUUCAAGACCGAAAUCCGCAUAAAUAUACUAAGCGAACACCCAUCGGAAGACAAAAAGUUGAACUCGUCGAGCUCACAAAUUUUACUCCCGAUAUUUAAAGAUGUGGAACCAGAUGAAAGCUUUACGACUGUAGACGCUUGUGUUAAAGAAAAAACCACCAAUACCAGAGAAGCGGUGUUUUUUAAUCGCGGUGAAAGGAUUCAAAGGCUUAACCUUGCAAAUAGUGAAGCCCCGCCUCCCUAUGACAGCAGACCACCGCCAGCCUAUAGUCCGGUCUACAGGCCGCAAACAGUGCCAUCUGGCCAAUACAUAAUGGACGCAAAUCAGGGGUCUGGGUACCAACCCACUCCGCUGGAAUACUAUUACAUGAAUCAAUUUGUUAAUCAAAAAAUCCGGAACAAUUUUAUAAAAAAAGUAUACGCGAUUCUAGCACUUCAAUUAGCUAUAUCUACCGCGUUUACUUUUCUCGUCACACAUCACAGACCGACAAAAAAUUUCGUGAGGACCAACAUACCGAUGUUCUGGAUAAUGGUCGCGCUCCAAAUGAUUUUAUUCAUCGCCCUAACCUGUUACCAAAACAUUAGGAAGACUUUUCCUACCAAUUUCGUGGUACUUUUUUUGUUCACCAUUGCCAUGACAUAUUUAUGCGGAACCAUAACUGCUUACUUUUCCACGAAAAUUGUAAUGACCUCUUUGGCUAGUACGGGACUUAUAUGUGUUCUUGUCACCCUUUUGGCUUUUCAAACGCAGUUUGACAUAACCAAAUGGUCUUUCAUACUGGCCCUGGCCGCUUUAGUUCUUACGAUUUUUGGCAUAGUGACGAUAAUAGUCAUUAUUAUUACCCAUUCGACCAUAAUUUGGUUAGUAUAUUCGGCAUUAGUCACAGUCAUGUUUACCAUAUUUUUAUUGUACGAUACCCAGUGUAUUAUGGGUGGCAGAAGGGUGGAAAUAUCUCCGGAAGAAUAUAUAUUUGGCGCACUGACGUUAUACACCGACAUAAUAUUAAUUUUUAUGUAUUCACUUCACUUACUGAACGCUUGCAUUCGAUAAUAUAAAUUGAAAUGUAUUGUAAAAAUAACUUACUAGCCGACCAUCAAAUUGGAAAAUUGUAGAAAUUGUGAGGCUUACCAAAUGGUGAGAAGAUGAAUUAGUUUUAAUAAAUAAAA